CUCGCCACCGAGCAUCGAUGACGGAUUUGAUGUUCUGUUUGCUUUUCUGUUGAGCGCUAGAAGAGAUAUACCAGCGAUAGAAUAGAGAGAGUAUAAUUAGAGAAGAAGGAAGCAAGGAGGAAAGAAAAAAGGAGAGAUUAUACAUAGCAAGGAUGUCUCUUGUCGACGAGCUGCUGGCUGAUUUCUCGCCUUCGCCAUCUCCUUCACAGUCUCGUUCUGCAUCGCCAGAGCCUGAAAACGACAGACAAGAUGAGGAACUGGUUGAUGCUAACAGUAUCGCUGAGGAAAAUGGCUUCAAAGAUGGACCAGGAAAUGACCAGGCCUCUGAGCGUACUGGUGUGCUGGCAGAACUGGAGACUACGGCCAGGUUAUUGGAUCAGCUAAAUCCACUACUAGACGAAAUCGACAAAUACACCGCGAACCCCGAUUCUGCAGGUGGAAGCGUCGAGGAUAAUCCAGAGUACAAGCUCCUGGUGUCGGUCACCAACAUCGCCGCAGACAUCACGACCGAAAUCGUCGCGCUUUACAAGUACACUGUCGAGAAUUACAAUCCGCGGUUCCCCGAGCUGGAGUCGCUUGUGCUGAAUCCGGUCGAGUACGCACGUACCGUCAAAGCUGUAGGGAACAAUGUCGAGCAGAUCAAGGAUAUGCGGACGACGCUUGCCGAGUUUCUUCCGGCAGCGAUUAUCAUGGUUCUCACUGUGUCGGCGGUGACGUCAAAGUCGCGGCCGUUGACGGACGAGGAACUCGCGAGAGUGCAGGAGUCGAGUGAUGUCCUGCUUUUUCUCGAUUCGGCGAAUAAGAAGAUCACGCAGUACGUUUCUUCAAAGCUCUCAGUUUUUGCACCCAAUACGUCUGCACUUGUGGGAUCGACUACAGCCGCACAAUUAGUCGGCGCCGUAGGCGGUCUCAACGGACUAUCAAAGAUGCCGUCCUGUAAUAUGCCUUCGCUGGGCGUUCGGCGCAAUCAAACAAACAUCGGUCUCGGAAACACAGGUAUCCGACAGCAAGGGUUUUUGUAUUUCAGCCCCGUGAUACAAAAGCUACCGCUAGAUCUACGCAAACAGGGGCUUCGAAUAUUAUCCGGAAAAGUCGCGCUGAUGGCCCGAAUCGACCUCGCGCGCUCUCACACAGAUGGCAGCGCGGGCAACAAGAUGCGCGUGGAAGUAGAGGAGAAACUGGACAAGCUGGGCGUGCCGCCUUCAAACAAGGGGCCCAAGGCAUUACCGGCACCGGAUGACAAGCCUUCGAAAAAGAGAGGAGGUAGGAGGCUACGGAAGUAUAAGCAGCAGUUUGCGAUGACAGAUGUACGAAAGGCGCAGAAUCGGAUGAGGUUUGGCGACCAGGAUGGAGAUUAUAUCUGAGAG